AUGCGCUUGUUGCGGAUGAACAACGAUGGAAGCUUCAGCCUGAUUGAAUUCACCAGCAGCCACAACGUCCCCAGCUUCGCGAUCCUGUCUCACACCUGGCGAGGCGAUCAUGAGCCAACCUUGCAAGACAUCAAGGAUUCAGUAACAACAAAUUCCGCAACUGGACAGCUUCGUCCACUGGACAAGCUCUAUUUUUGCGGAGAAAGAACGAAGAAAGACAAGCUACAAUACUUCUGGGUCGACACCUGCUGCAUCGACAAGUCAAGUAGCGCUGAAUUGAGCGAGGCCAUCAAUUCGAUGUUUAGUUGGUAUCGUCGCUCAAGCAGAUGCUACGUGUUUCUUACCGACGUUUCUAUUUCCCCUGAGAGCGACGAUUUGAACUUCAGAGAUAACCAGCUAAGACGAAGCCGGUGGUUCACUCGAGGCUGGACUCUGCAAGAGCUUCUGGCUCCCCCCGUCGUUGAAUUUUACUCCCGGGAAGGAAACCUUCUUGGCUCAAAGAAAUCGUUGGAAAAGCUGCUCUCCGAAAUCACAGGAAUUCCCGUCGCUGCCCUUAGAGGAACUCCCCUGGCUUUCUUCCCCAUCAAGGAUAAGAUGUCUUGGGCCGCCAAUAGACAAACAACACGUGAGGAAGAUGGUGUGUACUCUCUGCUUGGUAUCUUCGACAUACAUAUGCCGGCAAUGUACGGCGAGGGACAAGAGCAUGCGCUCCGUCGUCUGCAGUCGGAAAUUGAGAUGCAUUCGAGAAACCCAAACCGGCAGAAUGCAUCGACCCCUCAACUCCCUCCCAACCAAUGGAUCGUACCAUUUGAAAGGAACCCGCGGUUCACUGAUCGCAGCUCUGAACUCAACCAGCUUCACAGCAUGCUAUUCAGCGAUGAACAAUUCACAAAAGUCGCCAUCUCUGGGCUCGGAGGAGUGGGGAAAACCCAGCUUGUGCUCGAACUCCUCUACAGGCUGAGAGAUAAAGGAGAGAAAUUCUCUGCAAUUUGGGUACAAGCUACCACCGUAGAAAGCUUGGAUCAAGGUUAUCACGCCAUUGCGGGACAUCUUGGCAUCUCGAAACCCAGCGAUAAGGACGUUAACAUUAAGAAGCUCGUGCAGAGCUUCUUAAGCGAGGACAACGCACAUCCUUGGGUCCUGGUCUUUGAUAAUGCCGACGACAUCAACAUGUGGAUCGACAAGCCGGAUGGAGGAAGCCAACAAUUGUCUGGUCGGUUGAUGGACUACAUCCCGAAGCACAAAAAAGGCAGAGUCAUUUUCACAACGCGAGACAGGAGGGCCGCGGUCAAGCUGGCGAACCAGAAUGUGAUUGAGGUUUCCAAGCUCAGCCAAAGCACAGCGGCGCAGAUGCUACAGAACUUUCUCAUCCGCAAGGAACUCGUUACCUCCAAACCAGAUGAUGCAAAGGCGAUUCUUGCGUGGCUUACCCAUCUUCCACUCGCCAUUGCUCAAGCAGCUGCGUACAUCAAUGAGAAUGGGAUCACUCUGGCCGAUUACCUGACGCUAGUCAAUUGUCAAGAGCAAGAGACAGUUGAGCUCCUCACAGAGGAGUUUGGGGAUGAUGCGAGAUACUCAGACAUGAAAAACCCAAUCGCCACGACAUGGCUGGUCUCCUUCCAGAAGAUUCAGCAACGGGAUCCUCUGGCCGCCGACUACAUGUCAUUUAUGGCUUGUAUUGACCACAAAGAUAUCCCACAGCUGCUACUUCCGCCUGGGCCAUCGCGCAAGAAGGAAAUAGAUUCUAUCGGGACUCUGAGUGCCUACUCGUUCAUCUCAACACGCUCCGAGGACGGGGCGCUUGACUUGCAUCGACUCGUCCACCUCGUGAUCCGAAAUUGGCUGCGGAUGGAGGGCGUUCUUGCAGACUGGACUCGCAAAGCAGUCGUACGCUUGGAGGAAGUCUUCCCGGAUCAUGAACAUAGAAACCGGACCGUCUGGAGAGUCUAUCUACCUCAUGCAAGUCGCCUCUUAGAGUCAAAUUUCAUCGAGCAAGACGACACCAGCGUGAUCAACUUGAAGUGGAAAAUUGCAUUGUGUUAUUACAGCGAUGGUCGCUACAGAGAGGCAGAGACAUUCCUGCGAGAAGUGAUGGAAGUCAGGACAACAAGACUAGGGCCGGAGCACCCUGACACGCUCAAGUGCAUGGCCAAGCUAGCUCUGACGUACCAUGCACAAAGCCGGUUCCAGGAAUCCAAGGCGCUUGGAUUGAGAGCAUUCAACUCUCAGAGCCGCAUUCUAGGCGAGGAGGACCCGGAAACGCUGUCGACUCUGAGUCAUCUUGCUAUGACAUGCAGUGACCUCUCUCAGUGGAAGGAAUCAGAAGAGCUCGAGCUUCAGGCCAUGAAACUCCGAAAGAGCGUCCUAGGCAGUGAGCAUCCAGAUACCCUUGUGUGCAUGAGCAACCUGGUUUAUCUAUAUAAUUGUCAGGGCUGGUGGGAGCGCGCUGAGCUGCUCGGCAAAGAGACCAUAACUGCGCGCAAGAAAGUGCUCGGUGUUGAGCAUCCCGACACACUGCUCAGCAUCGGCAACCUGGCACACACGUACAACAACCAGGGCCGGUAUCAGGAUGCAGAAGAAUUGCUGGUUCAGGUGGUGCAGGCUCGCAUGCGGGCUUUGGGAGAAGACCACCCGCACACGCUUAGCGGCAUGAGCAACCUGGCCGUCAGUUACCACAACCAGGGUCGAUGGGACGAGGCCGAAGCACUCCAGGCGAAAGUUGUGACGGCACGAAAGACGCUGCUAGGAACUGAGCAUUUUUCGACUUUGACGAGCAUGGCUCACUUGUCUUCGACGUACCAAAGCCAGGGCCGCUUGUCCCAGGCGGAGCUGCUCGGGUUGCAGGUGAUGGAAUUGCGCAAGAAGGUGCUUGGCCUGGAGCACCAUCAUACGCUGGCUAGCAUGACCAGCCUUUCGUCAAUGUAUUUGGAGGAUGGGCAAUUGGCCAAGGCCGAGGAGAUUGCAUUGAACGUGCUGGCGAUUCGGGUGAGGGUGCUAGGUAUGGGGCAUCACCAUUCUCUUUCGAGUAUGGCGCACCUGGCAGCCAUAUACAAACAGCAAGGUCGAUUCACAGAAGCCGAGGAUCUGGAAAUGCAGAUCAAAGAGGCUCGGGAGAAGUCAGGGUCAUGA